AUAUUUAAUAAAGCCAUAAUUGUUCUAAUCUGUCUUUCUGUGAUGUUUUUCCCAGAUGCAUGUGAUCUCACACUGGAUCCGAACACAGCACACACUCGUCUCUCUCUGUCUGAAGGGAACAAGAAAACAAAGUGUGAGAGAGAGAAUCAGCCGCAUCCUGAUCAUCCAGAGAGGUUUGAGAACUGUGAGCAGGUUUUGUGUAGAGAGAGUCUGACUGGACGCUGUUACUGGGAGGUUGAAUGGAGCGGAUGGGGUCAUGUAGCUGUGGCAUACAAAGGAAUCAACAGGAAAGGUGGGAGCAAAUGUCGGUUUGGACUCAAUGAAAAGUCCUGGAAUAUUUACUGUUGUGAUACAAUUUACUCUGUCUGGCACAAUAAUAAGAGCACAAACGUUCCUCGCCCUUCACCAUCUAAUAGAGUAGGAGUGUAUCUGGACUGGCCGGCCGGCUCUCUGUCCUUCUACAGUGUCUCUGACACACACACACUCACACACUUACACACAUUCAACACCACAUUCACUGAACCCCUCUACGCUGGAUUUCUGGUUUAUCGUGAUUCUUCAGUGUUUCUCUGUCCGAUGUAACAACCUCUUGUGAGGAACCACAAAAUUAAUUGCUAGGAGUGUCUAUUACAUUUCAUAAAAAUUCUUUUUUUCAUUUAAAAAAAACUGUAAUUGUGACUAUUUAAUUAUGAAAUAAGUAGUUGGCUAGUUACAUUAUAACAUAUAGUCACAUUGUAAGAUAACUUGUAUUGUGAGGUAUACAUCUUAUUAUUCAGUGUGGAAGUAAGCCGUUUUCUGUGACUGUGCGAGACUUCUGCUUCAUUAGCCGCUGAAGGGAAAUAACAAGAAGAAUAACAAACUGCAGUAAACUGUAAAACUGUUUGCACUACAAACCAGUGUGUUCAUAAUUAAGACAUGGCAUUAAAAUAAUAUGGCAAGAAACACCAGUUUGCAAAACCAAGACGCAAAACCAGCUGUUUUGUAGAGCUAAAAAUAGCUGAAAGCGAACCACACCGGAAGCCAGACGCAUUAAAUGUACAAAUGGCAGCGCCGCUCUUACGGGAAAAAUAAGGUGGAUAAAGCCAGAUUGUGAGGUCAUAUUCCACAGACUCAUGAGUCCAUAUAAGGUAAUUGAGCUAUUUUGUAUUUUAGAUAUUUAUUUUAAUACAUAAGUUUUUUUAUUUUUUUAGUUUUUUAGUAAAAGCAUGACAUGACUUUUCAAAGCAUUUGAAUCUUCAUAUUUGAAUCCUGUUUGUCAUGUGGAUUUUUUUCACCUUUUAAUUAUAAGCUAUCAUCUUCUGUGUGUGAGAUUCAGUAGAGACUUCAGUGAGUCAAUGUGAUGGUCUGUAGAAACAUUCUGAGCUCUGCUGGACUCUUUAAUUAAUGCAUUAAUUUAGUGUGAUCUUAUAAAAGCUACUGUAGAUGUUGUCACUGUUUCAUAGGAUCCACAGACUCAGCUUCAUCCUGCUGGAUUGUCAGGAACUGUUAGAUCAGUGUGUUUUAUGCCUGUACACUAUAUGUGCACUAUUGCAUAUAAUUAAUCAUCACUUACUGAUUAACAUUACCAUAAUUAAAUAAGAUAAUCUUCUAUAACACUGAAAAUUUGUGUAUGUGAUUCUUUUUUUUCUUUUAUACCCAUAACAUAGUGACAUGCUUAAUAUAGUGAAGAUCUGCUGUAUGCCACUGGUCUAUGAUUGUGUAUAUGUAUUGCAUCUGUAAUAUUUAUGUCCCUGUAAAUUAUUUAUUUUAAGUGGAUUUAACGUAAGUACUGCCAUUCACUUUCUACAUGUUUAAAUGGCCGGUCCUUCAUCAUUUAUGUUAACCCUUUCCUCUCUGGUGUAUUGAUUUAAAAAACAAGCUCAGAACAUGGAUCUUGAGUGUUUUAGCUGUCAAAUGAUAUA